AUGGCGCGAUUCCUUCUCCGGUUCCUGGAAACUUCAGGCUUCAAUGCUUCGAGGGUCAAGUCUAUUGCAAUUGUGCCUCUGAAAGGUGGAAGAUGGACGGCCAUGAUAUCUGGUCCUGUCUAUUUUCCGCGUACGGGAGACAUUUCCAUCCCGGACUCCAUUAAUUUGAGGGUGGUGGAAUCAACUGCUACACAAGAUCCAGAUCGGUAUGCACUGUUCAAAUGCCUUGGGGUCACUGAGCCCCCCAUCGACAUGGUCAGGAAAUCGGUUCUCAAGACUCUGGCCACAUCGGAUACUAUUCCGCUGAAAUUUGUCAAUGACUAUCUCCAAUAUCUCUAUCUCACGCAUGAAGCUUGCGACUGGAAACCGGAGCAGUACCAGGAAGUGCAAGUUCUGACGACAGACUCAAAGCUUGAGAGUCCAUGGUCUAAGACAAUCUACCUACCAGGCAAGGGUCACCCAUUAAGUGCUGAAAGCCUUCUAGGGUCUUUGAAGCCAGAAUCCUCGCUCCUUGGCUCUUUCUUGCAUCCUGAAACUUUGAGCUAUGUUCCAACUCAUUGCAACUCUUCAAGCAUCAGUUGGAAGAGAUGGCUUUGCGAGUACGUCGGUUUAAGGGAAGACAUCUGCCUCGAAUCGGAUGGGACUGGAAAACUAUCGUCUGAUUUCCUUCAUAUUGUAAGUCAAAGUCCAGAGAAGCUUCUGGACCUUCUUGAACACCUCCUGCCUAAAUGUGAGGUAGAGUUAUCGGAUGACUCAGCCAUCAUAUCCGAGGUUCGACAACUUUCUGCAAGAAACCUUUGCGAUGUUGAAUUCAUUUGCAAGUUACAGGAUACUUGGCUUCCUCUCAAAACUCUCACUGAUAUAGUUGAGUCUUAUAUGGAACAGCCCGGCCAGUUCCCUUUUUUGAGAUCCAUCCAAGGCAAUACUGGAGAUAUCGACACAAAGUGGAACUUCCUAUCCGAAUAUCUUCUUGUUGGCAAGGAAGACAAUCUCGACUUCCGUCUCGAGAUCUUGCGUUCAAUCCGUCGCUCAGAUCCUAAGAAGGAUCCGGAUCGUCAACUCCAAAAAGUCCUGGACUUAUACGCUUCCCUAUAUGCCCAGCUCACUGCUCCCGGAGAAAUGACCACUGACAGAGAGAAGCUCAGAAACUUCUUCGGUGAAUCCGGCAUCGCCUACUUCAAUGGUAAAGAACUUGAGUGGACAAGUUCUUCGUUUUGUUUGUGGGAUGCACCGCCAGACAUGGUCACAAUGCGCUCACUCAAGUCCUGCUACGAUAUACAAGGCUCAAAUGCUGAAGUUGGAAGCGCCCUACAGAACCUUUUCCUCAAAACACUUGGUAUACCAAAUGCUAGUCUUGAGCAAAUUGUGGCAGAGUUGAAUGAACUGCGCCUUAGAAAUGACGAGGAUCCUGCAAAGAUUCUCCGGCUUUAUGACUUCUUGAACACGAAUAUUCCCUCGUCUCAGGACAUUAGGGCUUUAUUUGAGACCUCGCCGCUUAUCUUCAUCCCCGACGGUCCAUAUAUAGGUUGGCAUAAGUCCACUGAGGUCUUGUGGUCUAGCAACACAGACCUAUGUGGUAUGGGAACCUUGGACGACACUUACGGAACACUUCGUGAGCUCUUCGUCGCUAAACUUGGAAUUAAGCCAUUGUCGCUGAGAAUACUUUACGGCCGCCUGAUUAAGUCUCCCAAGAGCAAGCCGCAGCAGAUGAAAGAAGCCAUUUUCAGCCUAAAUGAUUUCCUUCGGAGCGAACCAGCAUUCCUGGAUCCGCAGCCUGUUAGAAAUGCUGAGAUAUUCCCUAUCAGAGAUCCUGAUGGCACAGUUUCUUUGAGGUCUGUAGAAACCGAAUUUGCCAUUGGAGACAAUGACAAUUUGAGAAUGCGGUUCGAAAAGCGAAUCAGUUUUCUUGACUGCAGUCUCGUAGAAUUCCAUCGUCUAAAGCCUUUCUUUCAAUGGCUCAAGGUUGAAGAUCGCUACUUGUCUAGAUGUGUCCAAGACAGUGUGAUGAACGUCACAGAAGGUCUACAUCAGCCAUUAAGACCUUUGGUAGAUUAUACGAAAGUGGAUUUGACAGACAAGGCCCGAUAUAUCGCUCGUGUUGCGUCGAACUUCGGUAGCCCUCGUUGUCUAGCGGGGAUCGAAGCCAUAUACAGGCAACUAAGCAGGGUGGAAUGUUUCGAACUGCGGAAUAUGAAAUCCGUCUUUACUAUAAAACAGAAGGGUCAGACAUUUGUGUCAGAGAGCCAGACGCCCACGGCACAUGUUUUUGAGUCUGGCAGAAGACUUACGAUCUAUGUUCCCAUGGAUCCCGCAACACAGGAUGUCUGUUUCCGCUCAGUAUUGCCCAGAAAGCUCGCAACAUGGAUCAUGCAGGAUCCCGAAAGUAGCGACCGACCUUACGUUGACAUCGAGAUGGUCAAUGCACUGACUGCUAUCUUGGCCAGCGAGACGACAUCUCUCGACGAGAUUCUUGAUGAACUAGGGAUUGCCAGAAUAUCGUAUGAUGGCCUCAUCGACGACGGGGAAGAAGUCACGAGACAGAGAGUAUCAUUCAAAAAUGUCGUCGAACGGCCUCGAAAGGCAGACUCGGUGUUGUUUGGUAUCCCCGUCAGCAACACGAGCAAAAGUAUGUUUGUGAAGACGGUUGAUCAGACCGAAGCCAACGUUGGGGCUGAGUGA